GGGAACCGUGCUUGAGUGGGAAUCAUUUAUUUGAGCUCUGUGCUGGCAGCUUGUAAUCAGUUGUUCGUUGAUUUUGGAUCGUACAGUUUGUAUUUGGCCAUCACAAUUUUCUGUUCGAUAUUUCAAUUUUAACCAAUUAGUUAUUAUCUGUUGUGCGUUUUGCGAAUAAAGUGCAAAGAAUUCACGCGAUGCUCAAAUACGUGGUGAAUAUUUGUUUAAUCAUAUUUUUUUGCGUCCAUUUAAUCAAUGCGGAUGCAGAAAAACAGAGUCGACGCACCAAACGACUCGGACCUGGCGGUCGUAAUGUUUCAAAUAAAUUUAAAAAAGAAGUAUGGAAACAAGAUAUUGGCGAUCAAUUCCAAAUAGAACCGUCAACACAGGGCAUUCAAAAUGUGCAUUUAAAAUGUGGUUCGAAUUCAAUGUUUGUAAAAUUAGAAACAGAUGCCGAUUUCAUGGGGGUCAUGUACACCAAAGGCAAUUUCUAUGAUCAAACCAGUUCACCAUGUUUUGUGCAAUCGAAAAAAGGACGUGGUGCACGAAAUCUUUCGAUGCGAUUUACAUUCGAACAGUGCAACACAAAAUAUGACGGAGAUGUAUACACCAAUACGAUUAUUGUACAAAAUGAUCCGGAAUUAGUAACGCCCGGUGAUGCGGCGUUUGCAUUGCAGUGCGAUUUCCGCAAACCAAGAGGAUUAAACGUUGAAGCCAACUAUGAAACGAACAGUGACAGAGCGGCGUCAGGAGCACGAAUUAUAUUAACAAGCCCAGAUCCCUCGAGUAAUAAUGCACUACCAGAUACAGAACACGAAAACACAAUAUUUAGCGAAACCGAUACAGAUACAGUUACAUUUAAUGCACAUGACAAAGAAACGGCGGCAGCAUCCAAUGGUGAUAAUGAUUCAUCGACCGAAAGCGAUGAGUCAGCAUCGACUGUACAGUCACAAUCUGAUCGGCAGAAAGUUAAAAUCACCAUCGAUUCAGUGCCACCGUAUGAAGAAAUUCAAUCGACAAACACGAAUAACGAUAAAGAUAACAUUGAGUCGGUUAAUCACGUCGAUAUUGAAGAAAGUGAAAGAGAUUCGAUUGAACACACAAACGAUAAAGCGUUCGAAGAAAAACGUGUGAAAAAUGAUGAACUCUGAAUCAAACACAGAAAAUAUUGCUGUUUAUUACACUUAUUCUCUCAAUUUAAAGAAACAAAAAACAAUUUUAAUAGGCAAUAUGUGAAAUUAUCCAAAAUGAAUGCAUUUAUUUUUAAGACUAAAUUAUUCUUUUCUUUUUCUUCUUGUGUUUUUUUUUUUCUCUUUUCUUCUUCUUUUA